UAUUCAUUUAAAUCAAAUUAUUAUAUGUACAGGUUAUACUUAAAAUAUGUUAUCCAAGCUACAAAAUGUUUUGCACGCACAAGUUUCAUUACAAUAAAUAUACACUAAAUUGCUUGUCUUUUGUGUUUCCAGGUUACUUUACAGAGUUUGCACUGGAGUCCCUAUUACGGUUGUUGGGAUGACAACGUGGAGCUCUUCCACGGACCUAGCGCCUCCUAUCCGUCGAAUCGGGAAGUACUGCGGGACAAAGCCACCUCUCUUGCAGUCGAACUCUGCCCGUAUUAUCUUCACCAGAUACUCAGCGAGGGGUUUCAAUCUGACGUAUACAUUCUCUGUGCAAGGUAUCAAGUACAUGGGCUGUUAUGAGGAAAGCAGCAACCGAAUCCUUAGAGAUUUUGAUUACUUUUCUGUUUCGAACUCGCCAACCGAGUGUUCAAAAAAUUGCAGCCACUUCCAGUUUUCCGGAGUCGAGUCGCGGAACAAUUGCCUCUGUGGUUAUACGCUUCAUUCUGCAACUCAAAGGCCAGAGUCGGAGUGUAAUGCUUUGUGUCCGGGCGACAGAAGCCAGGUCUGUGGCGCUGAUCGGAGAAUUAACAUCUACAGAAAUUGGGGGUGUGGCAGGAUCCUGACAGAUCCAUAUGGCAUCAUCACGAGCCCCAACUUCCCGUCGAAUUACAAAGACAAUGAUAAAUGUAUCUGGCUCAUCAACGCUACAGAGGGAAGCCGGAUCAAUGUGACAUUUACAGACUUUGCAAUGGAGCCACAGAAGAACAACAAGUGCAUAUAUGACUACCUGGAAAUAUUCAAUGGACCUACGUUCUCUUCUCCGUCGAUCGGGAAGUUCUGCGGGACAGCGCCACCUAUAGGAUUCAAGUCGCAGUUAAACUCUGUCCUUAUUGUCUUCUCCACAGACUCUGGCACUAAUGCGACGGGUUUCAGAAUGACGUACACACAAGAAUGCCCACUCGGAAGUUAUGGCGUAAACUGUUUCCGGCAAUGCCAUUGUCGCGUGGGCGCAUGUGAUCGUGUAACAGGUGCAUGCGGAAAUGGGGGCUGUAAAGACGAAUGGAAAGGAAUAGCGUGUAAUGAAAACUGCCCAGUCGGAAGUUACAGCGUAAACUGUUCCAAGCAAUGCCAUUGCCUUUGGGACCAAUGCGACGCUGUUACGGGUGAAUGUAGAUCUAUAGACUGUAAAGACGGUUGGGCAGGAAAAGCGUGUAAUGAAACCUGCCCAAUCGAAAGUUACAGCGUAAACUGUUCCAAGCAAUGCCAUUGCCGUGUGGGCAUAUGCGACGGUGUUACGGGUGCAUGUGGAAAUGGGGUCUGUAAAGACGGAUGGAAAGGAAUAGCGUGCAAUGAAACCUGCCCAGUCGGUAGUUACAGCGUUAACUGUUCCAAGCAAUGCCAUUGUCGCGUGGGCGCAUGUGAUCGUGUCACAGGUGCAUGUGGAAAUAUGGUCUGUAAAGACGGAUGGAAAGGAAUUGCGUGUAAUGAAACCUGCCCGCUCGACAGUUACAGCGUAAACUGUUCCAAGCAAUGCCAUUGCCGUGUUGACCCAUGCGACAAGGUUACGGGUGCAUGUGGAAAUGGGGUCUGUAAAGACGGAUGGAAAGGAAUAGCGUGUAAUGAAACCUGCCCAAUUGGAAGCUACAGUGUUAACUGUUCCAAGCAAUGCCAUUGCCGUGUGGGCAUAUGCGAAAGUGUUACGGGUGCAUGUGCAAAUGGGGUCUGUAAAGACGGAUGGAAAGGAAAAGCGUGUAAUGAAAUCUGCUCAACCGGAAGUUACAGCGUUAACUGUUCCAAGCAAUGCCAUUGCCGUGUUGGCCCGUGCGACGGUGUUACGGGUGCGUGUGAUAUUGGGGUCUGUAAAGACGGACGGAAAGGAUUAGCGUGCAAUGAAACCUGCCCAGUCGGUAGUUACAGCGUUAAUUGUUCUAAGCAAUGCCAUUGUCGUGUGGGCCCAUGCGACGGUGUCACGGGCUCAUGUGGAAAUAUGGUCUGUAAAGACGGAUGGAAAGGAAUUGCGUGUAAUGAAACCUGCCCAAUUGGAAGUUACAGCGUUAACUGUUCCAAGCAAUGCCAUUGCCGUGUGGGCCCAUGCGACAAGGUUAUGGGUGCAUGUGGGAAUAGGGAGUGUAAAGACGGAUGGAAAGGAAUAGCGUGUAAUGAAAACUGCCCACUCGGAAGUUACAGCAUAAACUGUUCCAAGCAAUGCCAUUGCCAUCUUGGCCCAUGCGACGGUGUUACGGGUGCAUGUGGAAAUGGGGACUGUAAAGACGGGUGGAAAGGAAUAUCGUGUAAGGAAACCGGAGAAUCUAUUUCUACAACAAAGCAUCAACAAGUACAAUCGGAAGCUUACAUGUCUAUUUCUGUGAAAGCGUAUAACGCCUUGUUUGCUGCAACGACAUCUGUAUCUUCAGUCCUUGGAGUGGUUGUUGUUGCUGUUAUAGUAUUGAGUGUGGUGUACAUUAGAAAACGAAGACGACAUCACAAAUUUACUGGAGGGACCCCUGCUAACUCAGAAUCUUCUCCUCAAAAUGUAUAUGACGACUUGUUAACAUCCAGGAACCCUAGCAACUAUGACUGCCUUCAAAUGCCCACUCCUGUCGCACAGGGAUGCACAUAUAAUGUUGAAUAUGCAAACGUCACUUUGACGAAUGGUGUCAAUAAUAUAUACGUUUAGAAGUGUCAGCGUUCAGUGUAAACUUUUGUAUAUAGAUAUUUGCUUUUAAAUUGAGUUCUCGAAACAUUGAUAAACAAGUGGUAUACUACAUUGAAACACACAAUAAAACUGGAGCUGUUUUCUGAGAUGUGUAAACGUGUACCAGAUCCAGAAAUUGAUACUUUUUUGUUUAAAGCUAAAUAGACAGAAGAAAUAGGCAGGUUUCUAUGUCAGUAGCAUCAGCGGGUCAGAAAAAUACUCGUUCUUAGCCAACAUUACCUACCAAUAUCUAGUAAACGCCUGUUCAAUGGCAUAGUAAUGUAAAGGAUUUGGUGUACUUGAACACAGAUCAAGGUAAUGUUUGGGUAAUCUGUAAAUUUUGUUUGAUCAACCAUAUUGACACAUAAUGUCAUCAAGAGAUAUCAUCAAAUACUCUUAUAUAUUUCUACAUGCGUUUAAUAUGUUUUGUUAUUUCGAAGUACAAAACUUUUUACCAUUCUGUAAUAUUAGUAUGCACAAUAAUUUGCUAUUCAUAGUAAUAUGUUAAUGCAUUGCUCAAACAACCUUGAUCAACUCGAUAAAUAAACACACAAAUCAGCUUAAGUGAGACGAUUUAAUAAAUGUACCUCUGAUUACAUUCAGUAUCCAUAGUUUGAUCAUUGCUGCUACUAAACACAUGCUAUGCAGACUUAUUAGUGCGUAUUAAAUACAUCAUAAUAAUCCUUGUGAAUAGAAGUAUUUAUGAAUUAAAGUAUACAUUGUUUUUGUUUGUAAGAUACAAGUCUCAAAAACGCAAAAAGAGAAUAUUUACGUUAACAAGGAGAACUGCAAGAUUUUCUUAUUGUCCGCUAUGUACAUGUAAAUAAUGUAUUAUGCUAUCUUCUCGUCCUUUCGUGCCUCUUAACUAUUUUUACCGCGCAUGCGCAUACACUGGCUGGUAUUUUUAGCAUUGUUUAACUUUUAUUUCGUCAUUAAAAUACUAUAUUAAAACGAAACACAAAGAAAACAGUAUUUGUUUACAUAUUUGCUAAAUAUUUACCUCGUUAAGGUGAAGGUCAAUGAUCUGUAUCAUGCAGAAGAAUUUUCUCAUUGGAUUCGUGCUCUUUCUUGACCGCGUUCUAAAUGGGGCACCAUGUGGGGAAUUUUCUUAUAAAUCACAUAUUUAAAUGGCUAUUUUCUUCGACACACUGGCACGUGUAUAACUCGAUAUUGGCGUUUUAUUUUAUAAUAUAAUAUUCCAUCCGAGAGCAGGUAUGUAAUGAUUUUAAUCAACUAAUUAAUUGUGUUUUAAAUUUAAUCUUCUUUUUACACUUAAAAAUAACAUAUAUAAACGAAACUUUUAACAUUGUAAGUAACACAAUUGACCCAUGUCUGAUUAGCUGCACAACUAAACUUCACAAUUAGGGCAUACGAAACG